AAAAUCGUUCUAUGUUGCUUGUGGUGCGGGAAUUGGGUCGAUUAUGUCAUGGCGGGUUAGAUGUUUUCGGCACUUGAUUCAAUGAGAUUUGUUUUGAAUUACGCCGUCAAUGAUCCCGUCGUGUACUUCAUUGUUUAAAACUACGCCUGAUUAUUUAGUAUUGAUCCUUUUUUAAACAAUUCAAAUGCUGAAACAAUUGCAAAUGGGCCUUCGCGCGUUUAUGCUCCUUGCUUCGAAAGUAUGGAGUUGUGUUUGUUAUAUGUUUAAGAAGCAAUACCGAGUGUUGGCUCAAUACCAAUCUGUCAAGUAUGAGGUGUACCCACUGUCCCCAGUAUCUAGACAUAGGCUGAGUCUAGUAAAGAGAAAGAUGCUGGUCCUAGACCUGGAUGAGACGCUAAUCCAUUCGCACCACGACGCAAUGCUGCGGCCGACAGUGAAGCCGGGGACCCCUCCAGACUUCGUGCUGAAGGUCACCAUAGACAAGCAUCCUGUCCGGUUCUUUGUACACAAGCGGCCACACGUCGACUACUUCCUUGAUAUAGUAUCGCAGUGGUACGAGUUAGUGGUGUUCACAGCCUCGAUGGAGAUAUACGGCGCGGCGGUCGCCGAUAAGCUGGACAACGGGCGCGGUAUACUGCGCCGCCGGUUUUAUAGACAACAUUGCACGGCCGAGCACGGCUCGUACACCAAGAACCUGUCGUCGAUAUGCGACGACCUGAACAGGGUGUUCAUAUUGGAUAACUCGCCCGGGGCCUACCGGGACUUUCCAGACAACGCGAUACCAAUAAAAUCGUGGUUCUCGGACCCGCUGGACUCGGCGCUGCUCAACCUGCUGCCGGUGCUGGACGCGCUGCGCUUCACGCACGACGUGCGCUCCGUGCUGUCGCGCAACCUGCACCUGCACCGGCUGUGGUAGCGUGCAGGUGAAUCAGCUUUUGUACAAAAUGGGCCUCACACGGUCUGGCCUGGAACUAUUUAUUAUUUCACUCGUUAAAAAAUACGCCGUUCGCCGCUUAUUUAAAUAUACAUAUAGAUUUAACUGUAGUUCAAUACGUUUGUUUAAGUUUUUUUGUGUUUUUCGUACUUGAAAAGUGAACGCUUAUACAUUAUGUAUAUUCGUAUAUCUAGUAAUGUUAGGAUACAGGCGAUUAUUACGAGAGUUUCAUACAAA